CUAAGGGUCAUUGUUUACAUCCAUCCAUUGAUGCCAUUUCACCCUGUAUGUUUCUGCACCUUGGCAGUGUGGCAGAGCUGUAGGAGACAAAAGAAGAGCAAUAAACAGCUCACUACUGGGUUUUCUUCCAUAACUGUGUGACAGUGCUCACCUUGAAGUCUUAGCACCUUUUCUGCAGAGAAGAUCACCUUGUGGAUUUUGGCAAAAACAAUUCCUGUUUAGAUCUCCCAACACCAGCUGCCACCAUUUCACCUCCAACAGCCAUGUACAGCUCCAGCUACUCCCGGGCCAAGUUUGGCCUGGAGGCAAGGGAGCCCCUGCACAAGCCCAAAGGGAAGAGCUGCGGCUACUACAUGAGGAUUGUCUUCUUCUUUUCCUCUCUGAUCCAGUCUCUGAUCAUCGUCAGCCUGGUGCUCUUCCUCAUCUACGGACAGCCAGAGAAGUCUGCAGAGGAAAAGAGGGUCAAGGAGCUGGAGCUGAACUUCAACAGGCUGAGUGAGAUCAACAUCCAGCUGAGAAAGGACAAAGGCGAGCUGGGAGCUCAGCUGGCAGCCCGCACAGCUGAGAAAGGUGUUCUGGAGAAACAGUUGGUAAAGCUGAAGACUGAUGCCAACAACACAGAACAUGGGCUAAAUGUCAAGUUAGCUACCUGUAUAAGUAGCAUGAUGGUGCGGCGUCCGCCUCCGUUCCAGCCCCCUGUUACGGUCAACAGCAACAGUGAAAUAAAGACUCUGCAGACCCUCAACGAGCAGCAAAAAGCUAGAAUAAAUUUAAUUGAGGCAAACUUCACUCAGAUGGUUCACUAUCUGAGUCAGGAGAGAGACAACGCUCUCAAAGACCGAGACACACACCACCAAGAUGCCAUCACCCUGCGCCGGGACAAUACCAUGCUAAAGGAGCAGCUGACCACCUACACCAGGAAGUGCAAAGAGGACUUUGCUCAUUCUUUGGACGGGAUCCAAACGGUGACCAGGGAUUUUCUGAACAAGAUCAACAACCUGUUUCCCCACCAGAUGACCUUUCACCUCACCUGUGACAGCCAGAAGGAGCAAAUGGAGAAGAUAAGAAACAGCUGCACGAACUUGUCCAGAGACGUGGAGCAUAAGUUCCAGCUAUAUUUAGACAAAGUGGGCAACAAGGUAGCCGAGAUCCAAGACCUGUCUAGUCGUCUGGAGGUGCAGAACUCCCAUUUGACCUCUGAUUUGCAGCAGUGUGAGCGCAAUCACAGCGAGGCAGCCCGUGAGGCCGCCAACCAGCUACAGCUCAAGCAAAAGGCUCAUGAUGACCAGGUGGAGAAAUUACUGAUUGAGCAGAACCGGCUAAGAGAUCAGAAGAAGCUGCAGGAAGACAGUUUGGCACUGAAAGAGAGAGAGCUACAGACCCUCCAACAAAGGCUCUCUGCUCAGUCCAAUAUUAAGGUGAGAUGAAACGAACCUGAAGAAUCAUUACUGAAGGCAUCAGUAGUGUGCCACAGUCAUUAACAUUUUGCCUUUAAAGAAUUUUCUGAGGACAUGUAUAUAUUCUUGAUACAACACACUUCAACACAACUUGUAAAUACUCUCUGCGUCUAUAUUAAGGAAACAUUUACUGUUGUUGAUCUGUGCAUGCUUUGUUUAGCUCUACUUGGAAUAGAAGAUUCAUGUGUCUUACUUGUUUUUGAGUUUAAACAUUUUCUGUGAAAAGCCUAGGUUAAAUGUAAAAUUUCUAUGACACUUGUGUAAAUAUUUCCUAUUUUGUGUCACUUACUGUUGUUUGUGUAGUUAGGAAAACCAACACUGGGCAAUGUUUUCCUUAACAUGCAAUUGAAAUUGUUCAAAAAAAACAGAAUCACUCCUUUACUGUAUUGUCCUUAGCCUGUUUUGUCUCUCUAGUAUUAAAAAUACAACAAAGACCUAGACAGGACUUUAGGCAGCAGCUUCUCACAUGUGUGCUAUAAACAUUAGUCUCAAAAUAGCUACAUUUACAUUUCCUACUGAUUCACAGAUGUUUGAAUUUCUACUGCAGCCCGGAUGUCAAUUCAUUCAAUGACCAUGUCAUAAACACAUCAUCACAUUUGCAGUCAUUAGCAGUCGUAAAUAUUAUAUGUAAAAAAUGAGAAGAAAGAUGUACAUGAGUUACACUGAAAGUAGUAGUUUUUAUGGAUAAAUCAUCAAAUAAAAGUUGAGACUAUAAAUAUAUUAUUUGCCAUUGUACAGUGCAUUUUUCAAGGACAGUACAGAAGCUGCUUUAUGAACUGUUCUAAAGAUUUACUACUUCCUUUUCCAGCACAAGGUGAUGAGCACAUACAGAACUGUCACUGGAAACAGCCAGUGUUUUCUUUGACCUUUUUUAUUAUUAUUAUGGAUUCAGUUUGGUACAGAAUUGAAGAGAAGAGAGUGUAUAACUUUAUACUGUGUACUGUAUAAAGCAGUAGAAGAACAUUUACAAAUACAUAGUAAGUCUAGUUAUAUUUAAUUUAGAGUCUGAGGGUAAAGUAGAUAUUGGGGUUUAGAAUAUGCAUUUUCAUUUUUUCUUUAUAGAACAUAUUUCCAUUUAUAGAUUUACAUAUUUUACUUUUACCCAAAAGUCAAACCAAAUGCCUUUCUUGUACCCAUUUCUACUGCUUCUCUCUUUUUAGUUGCUCUGUGUCAAUACAUAAGGUUGUUUUCUUUCUUUCUUUUAUUCACGUACUACUGUGUUGUGACCCUGCAUUUCACUAUGUUCUAAUUUGAAUGUUUAAUAUCUUACAAUGUCACAAAAAUGUCAUCCCUCUGGAUUUUGUGGAUACAUCAGAGGUAUUGGUAUUUUUAAAGUCUUGGUGAAUCAUAACAAAAAACAACAGAUAACAGUUCAUAAAUUUCCAGCAUUUAAAGACAAGUUUUCAUGAAGAGUGCAGCACUUCAUUUGCAACAGUUAUAUUUCAACAACUCUUCUUUAUUGACAUCAGAAUGGUGUUUUUUUCUUACUCAUAUUACAACUUGUAAUUUUUGA